AUGGCGGACGAGGUCUACGAUGGUGCCAUUGGCAUCGACUUGGGAACCACCUACUCCUGCGUUGCGACGUACGAGGGUACCAAUGUCGAGAUCAUUGCCAACGAGCAGGGUUCUUUCACCACCCCUUCUUUCGUCUCCUUCACCGACAAGGAGCGUCUGAUCGGUGAGGCUGCCAAGAACCAGGCUGCUAUGAACCCCAUCAACACCGUCUUCGAUGUCAAGCGUCUUAUCGGUCGCCGCUUCGAUGACCCCACCGUCAAGAAGGACAUGGAGUCCUGGCCCUUCAAGGUCGUCGACGACAACGGCAGCCCCAAGGUUUCCGUCGACUACCUCGGCGAGACCAAGACCUUCUCUCCCCAGGAGAUCUCCUCCAUGGUUCUCCUCAAGAUGAAGGAGAUCGCCGAGACCAAGAUCGGCAAGAAGGUCGAGAAGGCCGUUAUUACCGUUCCUGCCUACUUCAACGACAACCAGCGUCAGGCUACCAAGGACGCCGGUGCCAUUGCUGGCCUGAACGUCCUCCGUAUCAUCAACGAGCCCACUGCUGCCGCCAUUGCCUACGGUCUUGGUGCUGGCAAGUCCGGCAAGGAGCGCAACGUCCUCAUCUACGACUUGGGUGGUGGUACUUUCGAUGUCUCCCUCCUGAACAUCCAGGGCGGUGUCUUCACUGUCAAGGCUACCGCUGGUGACACCCACUUGGGUGGCCAGGACUUCGACACCAACCUGCUCGAGCACUGCAAGAAGGACUUCCAGCGCAAGACCAAGAAGGACCUCUCCGGCGACGCCCGUGCCCUCCGUCGUCUCCGUACUGCUUGCGAGCGUGCCAAGCGUACCCUUUCUUCCGGUGCCCAGACCACCAUCGAGAUUGACUCUCUCUUCGAUGGCGAGGACUUCACCACCCAGAUCACCCGUGCUCGUUUCGAGGAGCUGAACGCCAAGGCCUUCAACGGCACCAUUGAGCCUGUCGCCCAGGUUCUCAAGGAUGCUGCCAUCGAGAAGUCCGGCGUUGACGAGAUCGUCCUCGUUGGUGGCUCUACCCGUAUUCCCCGUAUCCAGAAGCUUCUGUCCGAGUUCUUCGACGGCAAGAAGCUCGAGAAGAGCAUCAACCCCGACGAGGCCGUUGCCUACGGUGCCGCCGUCCAGGCCGGUAUCCUCUCCGGCAAGGCCACCUCCGCCGAGACCGCCGACCUUCUCCUCCUCGACGUCGUUCCCCUGUCCCUCGGUGUCGCCAUGGAGGGCAACAUCUUCGCCCCCGUCGUUCCCCGCGGUAACACUCAGACCGUUCAGUUCCCCGUUUACCAGGGUGAGCGUGUCAACUGCGAGGACAACACCUCCCUGGGUGAAUUCACCCUUGCUCCUAUCCCUCCCAUGAGGGCUGGUGAGGCCGUCCUUGAGGUUGUCUUCGAGGUCGACGUCAACGGUAUCCUCAAGGUCACCGCCACUGAGAAGACCUCCGGCCGCAGCGCCAACAUCACCAUCUCCAACUCUGUUGGCAAGCUCUCUUCCCACGAGAUUGAGAACAUGAUCAACGACGCCGAGAAGUUCAAGACCAACGACGAGGCCUUCAGCAAGCGCUUCGAGGCCAAGCAGCAGCUUGAGUCUUACAUUGGCCGUGUUGAGGAGAUCAUCUCCGACCCCACUCUGUCCCUCAAGCUCAAGCGUGGCCAGAAGGACAAGAUCGAGCAGCAGGUCUCCGAGGCCAUGGCUGCCCUUGAGAUCACCGACUCCGCCGCCGAGGACCUCAAGAAGCAGGAGCUCGCCCUCAAGCGUCUCGUGACCAAGGCCAUGUCUUCCCGCUAA